UAGGGGAAAUUCCGUAGAACAUUAUUAAAACGAAUUAGUUGACACUCAGAUUUUGUUGAAGGUGUUAUUAAAUAAUCAACAAAAGAAAGCAUGACAACAAAGAAGCAAUUUCAUUUUCGGAAAGCUGAAAUAAAUGAUAUUAAAAUAGUGAAAGAUAUGAUUCAGGAACUGGCAAAUUUACAUGAUGGAAUUGGUAAAUCAAACCAAACUGAAGAAGAUCUUUUACGGGAUUCUGGACUCACUGGUAGUCGUGAAUGUUGUCACAUUUAUGUUUUGGAAAUAAUUGAAGAAAAUCAAACCACUAUUAUUGGCUAUGCCAUAUGUUUCUUUGGCUACUCAACCUGGCAAGGUAGAACAUACUUCCUUGAAGAUAUUUAUGUUCGUCCAGCCUAUCGUGGCAUUGGUGCAGGUGCACGAAUAUUCUGCGAAGUUGCGGCCAAAGCUAAUGAAUUUAAAUGCAAACGUUUAGAUUUUCAUGUUUUAGCGUCCAAUCCCGCCACGAAAUUCUAUAAGAAAUUAGGUGCCAUCGAUUUAACCGAAUCUGAGGAAUGGCAUUAUUAUCGUUUAAAUAAUGAGAAAAUCGAAAAAUUAAUACAACAGUUGAAGGAUCAAUAAUACUAAAAUGAAUUUUUAAAAUAUCAGGAAUGUAGAAACAUUUUAUGAAAUUGUUUAAAUACUGCCACUUUUUAUUUAUUUAUAUACUACUAAAGGUACGUUCACAUUGUU